CGGGCCGGUUUUGUUUCUUCGGUUUUUUAUAAUUGCACGCUCAAUUUGAAUUUCGCUUUUUCUUUCUUAAUUGAAACACUUUUAUUUCUUUUUUGUCAAUCCACCGACCAAAUCACUUUUAUACUUCACUCACACAGCACACUAUGGGCGGACACGGAUACUCUGGAUCGUGGGGCAACAUGGGUGGGCCCAAGCACCGCGGCAUCGUCACCUACCAGCUCUCACCGUACGAGAUGAAGACCAACGCCCACCUUAUCAGCAAGGGCACCCACAACUUCUUCCGUCGUACCAGCUCCAACCUGGGGUACAUUCUGCCCGGCGUCUUUCUGUUCUGGGCCGUCACCCACUUUGGCAAGAAGAGACACGAGUGGCUCAACAGCAAGGCUGGCCAUGCCGCCCAGUAUGAGGGCGAGCACUAAGUAAGAGGCGGAACCACGAGGAGAAGGAGCAGGGGCAGAAGCGGGGUUGACUGACUGGAUGAAUGCUGGAUAAAUCGACGUGCUUUCGCUAUAUUGCGUUUUAUCUCUGCAGUGGGCCAGAGCGAGAUGCUUUGAGAGAGAAUGGUCAAUGGGGGGAGGAGACCAGACCAUUAAUCGCUUGGUUUGCGCAUCCAAAUAACCGACGAUUCUGUUAGCCGUCUCCUGUGUUUUUAUUUCUCUCUUUCUCCUCUGGUUUUUUAUUUCUACACUGCUUUCAUUUUUAUUUACAACCGUUGUAUUCAAUUUACACAUGUUUCUCUCUUUGCCCCGGCUAGAUCUCUGGACUGGACUACAAGAUCUACAUGUGGCCAUGAUUACUGAGAUUUCAAUUUAUCGUGUGUGUAAUGCUGAAUAUAACCUAAAUCGCAUUUGAUAUGUUGAUUUAAACCUUUGAA